GCGUGGUCGGGCGUGUCGCGCACUUCUCCGCGACCAAACAACACGACCACAUUAGAUGAUGCCUUUCAGCUUUAUGAGAUAGCUAGGUUCCUGGAGAUGCCGAUAGUGGUGCAGGGUUGCGAGGACGCGAUCGUGGAGGCGCUGUCGGCGGACACGUUGCCGCACGUGCUGCGCUGGGCGGCCGCACCGCACGCCUCCCAGUGGGUGCACAGACAGGCGAUGCGGUACCUGCGCGACGAGUUCCCGGCGAUAAUGUGGCAGGCGUCGUCAGCGCGGCUGCCGCGCAGUGCCGUGGCGGAGGCGCUCGGCUCCCCCUUCCUGCAGGCGAGCGAGGCGCAGGCGUUGCGCGCGCUGCUGCGCUGGGCGGAGCGCGCCGCCGCACCCAAACACGCACAACACGACAACAGAGAGCCGAACGUGAUCUGGCACACGGCGCACUCGGUGUCGCGACGCGGGGCGCGGCGCAGGGAGAGCGGGGAGCAGGCGGUGCGCGACCUCCUCGCCGCGCUCCUCCCCCUCGUGCGCCUCGAGCAUCUGCCCCCGGACUGCGACCUGCUGCACCAGGCGGUGCGGCGCGGCGCUGUGGCGCAGCCCCCGGCGCAGAUGGUGGAGGGAGGGGGCGGGGCGGAGGCGUGGCUCGGCCGCGGCGCGAGCAGACCGCCGCGCUGCUUCAUACCUUACCUUGAUGAAAUUAAAGCGCUGCUGGAGGACCAGGCGGUGCCGGAGGCGGAGGUGUCGCGAGUGCGGCGCGCGCGCUUCCUGCACCGCAUACCCGACACACUAUACAUGGUUGCGGCGGCACGCAGCGGCGCCAGUUCUGCGAGCGGCGGUGUGGGCGGAGUGGGCGGGGCCGGCGGAGGUGUGGGCGGGGCGGAGGCGGCGUGCGUGUCGCCGCGCGUGUUGGCGGCGCUGCGGGCGCGCGUGCGCGAGCUGCGUGCCGCGCCCCCCGCACAGCGCGCGCUGCUUCUGCACGCCACCGACACCAAGCAGGUCCAUCACCAGAUAGCGCUGCGUGCUGUGCGCGAGAUGUCUCUGCCGGACACGUGCGCAGAUCUCCUCACUGACCUCGACGACAACUCCGACAACUCCGACAAGGAAUGUGGAGGCAGCAGUUUGUGUGUGGAGGAGGAGUGGGCGUGCGGCUCUGAGGCGGGGGCGUGGCCGUCGGGCUCAGGGUCCCUGAGGUCGGGCAACUCGCGCGCUGCUGCUGUCUUCCUGCAAGCGGAGCGCGAGUCCAGCACUUGCAGACGAGAACUGCCGCCGCGGCCAGACACACACAGAUCAGUGCGCGGACGUCUCUCUGCGUGCGUGCCGGAUGUGGCGAUGGCGCCCAACGCCAACACGCACCUGCUCACCGCGCGCGACUACAU